UGGAUAUUUUUGGUGGAUCCAGUUGAUAUCCAUCGGGUAGGAUAUAUCCAGUUUACUUAUUAUCUGACCGGAUAUUGAAAAAUCCGAAUCAAAUACUUUGCUGGAUACAAAAGCUUUGGGUUGAGCGGGCUUUCAUGGGCUUAAACACCUACCAAACCAAGUGAGUGGGUCGAAUCUGAUUUCCGAGACUGAAACCCUACUCUUUGAAUUUGAUCUCCAAUUACACAAUUGCGAUCAUCCUGAUUCCUAACUGGAUCUCAGAAAAUAAAUAUAUAUUGAAAUAGUUUUAAGAUCAGACAAAAUCUCAACCUUCACCUCAAACCGAGAAAUGGCGAAGAUCACGAUGAUGAAUUCUCUCCUCUCUUUAGUAUUAGUCUUCUUCAUAGCCUCAUCAUCGGCAAUUGCUGGCUCCGAUUCUCCUUUCAUCGUCGCUCACAAGAAAGCUACACUCAACAGACUCAAAUCCGGCGCCGAAAAAGUCUACGUUUCCAUCGACAUAUACAACCAAGGAUCUGCAGCGGGUUAUGAUGUUAGCCUCAGCGAUGAUGGCUGGUCUUCUGAGAUAUUCAGCAUCGUCUCAGGGAACACUUCAACUUCAUGGGAAAGACUCGAUGUUGGUGCUGUUGUAUCACACUCUUUUGAGUUAGAGUCAACAGUGAAAUCUGUCUUUUACAGCACUCCUGCUGUUAUUACAUUCCGUGUCCCCACAAAAGCUGCACUACAGGAGGCAUAUUCCACCCCACUUCUUCCUCUUGAAAUCCUAUCAGAUAAGCCACGUGAGAACACAUUCGAUCUUGCUAAGAGGUUAUUGGCGAAAUACGGGUCAUUAGUGUCGGUGAUUUCCAUAGUGGUGCUAUUUGUGUACCUGGUGGCAACUCCAUCAAAGGCAGGUGCUGCAAAGGGAAGCAAGAAGAAGCGUUGAUGAUGUGUGAGGUUUUGAUGUAACCUUUGUUUUAGACUCAGUUUUUUUGUUAAAUGUCUUCAAGGAGAUAGUUUGAGAGGCUUUGUAGUCUUAUGUUUUCAUAUAUGUGAAAGAGUUGAUUACGGAUUAAUUAAUUUGCAUUAACUAGGUGUUAUGUUUUUAUUUUUGUUGGAGUUCCAAAUCUUUUAGACAUAGGUUAUGACUCAAAACAUUGCUCAAGGUAUAACCUGAAUAACUUUAAACUUUGUAAGGGAAAGAGUAAAUUACUAAAAUCGUCCCUAUGGUUUGGUUAAAAUUUUACGUUUGGUCCCUAACUUAUUUUUUUUGCACUCGGAUUGCUCCUAGCCUCCUAUGGUUUGAUUUCGUUG